AUGGCCCUGUCACAGAUCUUGGACGACUCCCCUUUGAGGCUGGCUCCAAGACCCGCCAGGACCGACGGUCUGAACCCAGAGGAGGUCUACAACGAGAGGCACCGGCUGGCUUUGGAGGAGCUGCUCUCCGGGGGGGUCGACAACUUUCAGGCUUUCCUCAAGAAGGAGAGGAUUCCUAACUUUCUGUCGGACGACGAAAUCCAGCGGAUCCGGAGCUCCGCGGUGCCCCCGCCGCGGUGCCUGUCUGUCCACGGGGAGGAGCUGGAGCAGUCGCUCCGCAGCUCGUUGGACUGUUCCUCGGUCACUUAUUUUCCCGAGGUCUCCGACGUGGAGCCGCCGCUGCUGGAGAUCGGCUGGCCCGCCUUCACCGCGGGCUCCUAUCGGGGAGUGACGCGGGCCGUGGCGCACUUCCAGCCCAGCUAUGGAGAGAGUAUUUACGCCUGCAAGGAGGCUGCGAGGCGCAUGAUCAAGAGUGCAAGAGAGGUGAUUGCCAUAGUGACAGACUCCCUUACAGACCUGGAUAUCUUUAAGGAUCUUCAGGAGGCAUGCUCCCACCGCAGGGUCCCCGUCUACAUCCUGCUCGACCAGUCAUGUGCUCCCGCUUUCCUGAAGAUGUGCAGGAACAUCGGCGUUCGCCUGGAUGAUCUCCUGCACAUGAGAGUGCGAAGCAUAGCUGGUACAACUUACUACAUGAGAUCUGGAGCCAGGAUUACCGGGAAAGUUCAUGAGCGGUUCAUGCUGAUCGAUGGAAACAGAGUGGCAACAGGUUCCUACAGGUUUAACUGGACCGAUGGCAAACUGAACAGCAGCAACCUGAUCGAGCUCUCUGGUCAGAUAACAGAGAAGUUCGAUGAGGAGUUCCGCAUCCAGUACGCCCAGUCCCAGGCCAUAAACACCCGCGGGCCUCAGAGCUUCCAAGGCAGCGGCACCUUUGAGCAUCUCGGCAUCACACCCUCAGUCACCUGCUCGCCUCAUGUGGCCAGAGAGAAGCCCACUGAGCCGGUUCAUCUGACAAGCACUCCCAGCCGUAAGCCCCAGACAUUACCGUUUCAACCUCAAUGUGAGCCCUCAUCUCCAGGUCCCAGUAAAACCAGCCCGGGGUCCAACUCCUCCACCAUAGAUGGGGACAUGAUGGAGCAGAAGCUCCUGCAAGAGGAGGUCCUGGCUGGUAGUGCAAAUUAUCAUCUUCCCGCAGAGCAGCAUGCAGAGAAAGACCCAGCAACCCCUGCUGCUUCCUACUGCCAUGUCUCAACUCAGACCAGCCCGUUAGUGACGGAUAGCGACACCCAGACUGACGCUCAGCACCUCAGCCUCAUUGCGGCAGCUAAAACACCACCGUGGGACAAAUUGUCCAGGCAGAUCUCGUUCCCCAACGCAGAUCCGGACGCUACUUUAAAGGACGCUUUUAACAAGCUGUCCAAAGAACGCCGGCACCACUACUCAUCCAUCCGCUCCAAACUGGAACACAUGGUGACUUCCCUGACAGAGAGGCGAGAGCUGGCAGACGUCACCAACGUGACUCAGGGCCUCGGAGCUCACAGCAGCAGGCAGAGGAUACACAAAGACUGUGUGCUAGAAACAAAUCCCAGACUACCUGCUGAAAGUGGGGCCAUGAGCACGUGGCCAAGGGCCAGAUGUGUGCACUAGCUUAUCUGCAUUGAUUUUAGCGCUGAAAGGGAAUCUUUUAAAACGCUUCUUUGUUCUUAAGUAAUACUUUUGACUAAUGCAGAAGAAUUUCAGAUAUAUUCUUUGCCUACUUCUGAGUAGACUUUUUUUUUUUCUGAUCUUUUCUCCACAUGUUUUGGUGCUGGGUUGCAGUUAAUGUUAAAAUCAUGUAGAAAUUUUUACCAAGGACAAGUAGAAUGAGGAAAAAUGAGCCUACGUUUGUAAGAUAGAGUCAAAUCUGAUGUAGUACAAGUAAAAAAAAAACACUGAAGUGCUGUUUUAGUUAUUUAAAUGUGCCUAUCGCUGCUGUACCUACUUCCAAAGAUCAUUCUGGAGAGCAGCUGGCUCUCACUGUGCCUAGAAAAUAAAGCAGUGCUUUGCCACGUAA